AUGAAGGGAGUAAUGCGGAUUAAGGUUACAAGAGGGGUGCACUCCCUAGUGGCCAAGUCGUCGGAGAGCAAGCUGAAAAAAGUAAAAAGCUACAUCAGCAACUACCAUGAGAGUACCACUGACCCGAACAGGAAAAACAGAUACCUGGGGUUACUCAGUAAUAUUUACCAUACCAUUCCGUCUAGGUUUAAUGAGAGGGAGGUGUGGGAGCACUUCUUAACAGAGCUCAAACAGGAGAGAUGCUUCGCCAAGUUAAAAAGUAUUAUAAAUAGGAACUCGCUCGUCUAUCCGUAUUUACUGUGCAGGCAAAUUGUGUUCCUUUACUACAUCGGUCUGGACGAUGAGGCAAACCGACUGCUGGACCAAGUGAAGCGCAAGCUAGCCAAGUGCGAAACGGAAAAGUACCUCGAGUGCGAUGCAAAAGUGAACGAAGACAUGGGCGAUGUGAUAAAAAUGUUAUACGUCCUGUACCACCUAAGAAAGACCGAGCAAAAUUACAAAGAGGUGAUUCUCCUAUGUGACAAGUAUAUCUGCAAUACUAAGAGGGACCCCCUCAACAAUUUGAAAUACCUCCUCUACUUCCACUUGUUUUAUGUCCAAAUGAACCACUCCUUCAGUAAAAUGCACAGGUGUAUCGAAAACAAGAAGCACCGCAUGAACGUGGAACAAAUGAUGCUUCUCAUUCGAUACGUGAAUCUUUAUUUGAAAAGGCUCUAUUUGCGCGGCGUUAUCCGGCAUAGGGCAGAUCGGUCCGGUAGGGUAUCACUUAAACAAGCGGAGAUCUCCCACGAGGAGACCACACAUACCAUUCGUAGUCACUCCCCAUGUGAUCGCAAAAAGGAGGUGCAGAAGAAAGUACAGAACGAAUUUGAUAUCUUCCUCGGCAACCUUCUUAGGAUAAAUAAAAAUGAGAAGGACCACUACGUGUUUAGUGGCUUUGAAGAUAUUGUAAUAAAUCAGGGGAGAAGGGAUCGUACUUUUGGGUCCCCACCUGCUCAGCGGAGCCAAUCCGAAAGCAGGUCUUUACGUAGGAGUGACCCCCUCUUGGGAGAAGGAGGAAAGACGUUCCAUGGCCGGGAGGAUCGCGAUGAGGGGCCCACCUGGGAAAGGGGCGACCCUCCCCUGCGUGGCCCUCCUCUGCAUGACCCCCAUCUUCAUGACACAUGUCUGGUGGACAGCGCCCAAGUGGGGGAAUCUCCCCAAGUGACGGAGAGAGACCUGCUCCUGUACAGAGACAUAUACACAGCCUGCACGAACGAAGUCAUGAAGAAGGUGUUGCUUCACAAGGAACCACUGGAAGCAGACUCCCUUUGGAAUAAUUUCCUAAGUAGCAUAUUUAGGGACAGCUUUAUGCACUUCAUGUUGAACAAAAUGAAAAACAAAAUCAAGAUCCUAAACGAGGAACAAUUUUUUACAUACCUCAAACAGGUGAAAUUAUUGCAAAUAGAAGAGCAUCCAUCUGUCAACAAUAUCGUCCAAAUAUUUUUUAAAAAUUACUCUAUUUUUCAAAUAAAGUUAUUAGAUAAUUUUCUCAUUGCGGAUAAGAUGACCUACUAUACGGAUAUUUUUUGUCAGUGUCCUUUUGUGCAGAAAUAUAUUCUGAACAUGUACAGGCAAAAUUUGAACUGUUUUAAUGUGAAAAUAUUGAAAAAAAUUUUGGCUAAAUUGUUUUACUUCCUAAAGGAAGAUAAGUUUCUCAUUAAUGGUUUCGAUGUACUUAUAAAAAAUAUUUUUGUCAAAAUUGGAGUGAAUGGAUCGUUUAGCGAUAUCGUCAUGGUUUUACACACACUGAGGCAAUAUAAUUUUCACAAGAAUGGGAUGAAUAAUGGGCAGUUGAGGAGAAGGGACUCUUGGGGGGGGACUUUGCAUGAUGGGAUUUCCCCACCUUGUGGGGGGCCCACUCUUGCCUACGACGAAGUGAGGAAAAAAAUGCUUUCCUUCUUUGCACCCAUGUGUGCAACGGACAAGCGUAACGAGGACGAAAUUGGGCCAACUCGCGGGGCAGACAGGCUGGACGGCCUCUUCCACCUGAGCGCCCCCCGCCUGGACUACAUAAAGCGUGGCGGGGCUAGCGGCGGAGGAGUUAGCGGAGGUAGAACGUACAGCUGCACCAACCGAGGCAGUGAGUACCACCCCAUUUGUGAUUACCACCCCAUUUGCGAGUACCUGCUGUACCGAACCGUGGUCGAGAAGAUGCACCUGGGAGGGAAGCUCCGCUACGACAAGUACUUCGAUCUGAACAGCAUCCUCAUGAUGAACAAGCAGCUAGCUAAACUGUUCUCCCUUUUUGUGGCCAAGUUUUUCUCAGCGAUGAGGAGCGGGGACAGCCGCCUGAACAUUUUCGACUGCGUUAAUAACUGUGUUGGCGACGACGGGGAGAGGGCGACAGCAAAAAGAUUUGGCGGUGUAGGAAGCAGCUUGGGAGGUGAAGGAAGCAGAUUUGGCGAUGUAGGAAGCAGCUUGGGGGGUGCGGCGAAGAAGGGGACACGCGAGAGUGAUCAGAGUGGAGGAAUCGGCAAUAGUCCCUGUGAGGUGGAGUCCCCAUUUGACGACGAAUUGGCUCUCCGCUCCUUCACAGAGGAGAGGUUCGGGAUCCCAACCCGAGUGCUGCAAACCUACGCGCAGAAGCACCCAGGGGAGUACGCCGCCGUGAAGCGCUUCGGCGAUUUGCUCCUACUCACCCUCAUCGACAGCUUCCUCUACUUCGAACUAAAGGGUUCCCAUUUUAUACACUUUUUCUUGAGAUUAUUUGAGGAGAACUCAUGGCCCCUCUGUACAUAUCACUAUUUUUUUUUUUAUCGAAUUUUUAAUAGCUUCAAGUACAGUCAGAUAAGUGCCCGCGACAAGAGGUGCGUCCGGGAGGGGGAGGACUCUGUGGAUGACGCGGUGGCGGGGUACCUCUCCUCAGAAGAGGCGUUCGAGAGGCGCAGAAGGCAGAUCGUGGGCAUUUGCAGGGCGGAGGUCAUUUGGGCCAUCCGGCGGGGCCUGCGCGUGCAAGCGGGAGAAGGGGGAGAAGUGAAAGAGGUGAAAGAAGUGAAAGACGCGGGAGAAGUGAACAACGCGGGAGAAGUGAACAACGCGGGAGAAGUGAACAACGCGGGAGAAGUGAACGACGCGGGAGAUGUGAACGCCGCGGGAGAUGUGAACGCCGCGGGAGAAACCCCAAACGAGGAAAACGUAAACGCCGCGGGAGAAGCGAGCGGAGGGCCCAACGUGGACUGCCUGAUCAACCUAAUAUUUUUCCACCUCCAGGAGGAGGACAUAAUCGACCUGUUCAGAAGCACCUUCCUGUCAUCCCUAAACGAAUACCUCAAACGGAAGGGAAAGGACGCAGUUGUGAAGUACGCACUGGCUAGGGACCCCACGGAAGGUACCUACUCGAAGGGGGAAUCAGUGAGAGGAAGAAGCGACCAUCAGACUAGCACCAUCCAUUUUAACGAGUUUGCAAAAAUUAAAAGCUUAUUUAACUCAAAUGGAGAGAGUCAAAAAAUGGAAGUCCAUUCUGCAGAGGUGGUUAGGAGGUAUGAAUUCUUUUACCUUAACAUGAUGAGUAGUAGGGGCAGAUGUAGUGAUGCUUUGGAGGACCCUUUUCCCACCCGAGCGGACUACCUAUGCUACGCAGAUUUUGUAUUACAAAGGAGGGCGGGAUGCUCUGCGCAGGACCUGUUGAGACUCUCCAGGGGGGUCCAUAAGUACGGACCCUGUGAUCAAAUAGGAAGCCUGCUGGAAACCAUUAAGGCGUCUUGGAACAGUUGCGUACAUACGGAUAGUGGAGUGAACUUCGACGUGUAUUGUCAAGUGAGUGGUGAUGUUAACUCCAACUCUAGUGGGUACUCUAACUUCGUCUCCUUCCAAGUUAGCUACCUCCUCCUUCUGACCGUUUCCAUGAAGAAAACUCUGCCGGAAGAUGUAGCCCCUGUGUUGAAUCAAAUUGACAACGAAUUAGCGAACGGUGUAGACAUGCCCCCUUUUUGGCGUCUCUUACUAGUGCAACUUAUUUAUAUGAUUAGAGUUCAAGGGCUGUUUUCAUUCGACCUGCUUUGCUCCAAGUACAGACAGAUCACUCUGUUGUAUACACGAUCGAUUGACCAAAUGAGGAAAGAGAGACAAAGGAGUAGGAGUACCCAGUGCUCCCGUUAUGGUGAUAACAUAUGGACACACAAAAUCGUAAAAUAUCUACAAGAUCAGAAGAUCCCCUUUGAGGAGGAAGUGCAGCUGGUAGACAGUCCCUUCACAUUCGACCUUUAUGUACCUUCCAUGAAUCUGUUUCUCCUGGAUGGAGAGAAGUCUCCUUUUUGUGAUACCUUUAUACGUUGUUUGCAGGAUAACCUGUUUAGCCACAUGGAUUCGAAGGUGGUUCAGGUACACGAGGGGUGCUACCACUGGUUGGUGCGUCAGAGUGAGGGUGGUGGUGAGCCAGUCGGUGUGGCGGUUAAAGGGUGGGCAGUGUAG